AUGAGAGGCCAGCCCUCAUUGCCUUCUCAGCAGCACCAUGAGCCUUCUGGAGGUCUUGUGGCUAGCGGGACGCAAGUCUCCGAAGAGGUAGCUAAGCAAGUCGGCCCAUCGGUAGACAUAGCUAUGUUAUUCCGCAGCAAUCCGACAGACGUCGAUGCUCUCCUGGCGCGUGUCAUCCAGCUUAUGAAUGCAAACGAAAUGCUAACACUAUUUUCUCUCCUGAAGUACUACAUAUCCCUUGUUGAGAAUCGAACCGAGAUUCCUCUAUUGGCCGUCCUCAGCCUGGCCCGAGCUUAUUCAAGCAUCGACGAACACAAGCUAGCGGUUGAAAUCCUUCAGCUCUAUCUCGAAGACGACGCCUACGUUACGGCACGCGCUAAAAUCGAGGGCUAUGAGACCCCCUUCUCAUGUAAAAUGGUUCUUCUCCUGCCAUUUGUAAUCGAAACGCACCUCCUCUAUAGCAUGAGUUCUCCUCUCGUCUAUGCAAGCUCGAUCUUUGAAGCCAACGAUCGGGUUUAUAUGGAGAAAUUCUCGAUUUUGUUUCUAUGCAUUACAGACAUCUUCAAGUUAUACGCGGAUGCAGACACGCUGCUGGAAACAGACACCCUUUUUGCGCGAGUUGUUACUGACGUAGCAACUGUUCACAACGUUUUGACAAUCAAAAUAUCUGCUACUCUGGGUCAAUCUGAACCCACCAAAGAUCCGGAUUGUCUUCGCCAAAAAAUAUAUGUGCUCAGGAAACACCUUGGUAUUCUUAUCCCUAUGAUAAAUGCGUCCGCCUUCAGCUCUAUCUCUCUAAUCGCUAAGUGCAUUCUCUGCUUUAUUGAGCUUAUCGGAGACUAUCGUCUUAUUUUAAGGGAAGGUUUGGCAGAGUUGAUCUUCGGUAAGGGAACCUCUCAGAAGGUGCAGGAAGAGCUUACUCAACUUAUCAAGAAGUCCCACAUAUUGGUACUCAAAUCGAUGACCCUAUAUGCUGAGCAGCAAGUAACUACUGCAGUUAUAGCAUCUGAUCCUGCGGAAUCGGCGCAUGAUGCCUCCUUUUCAGCAACAGACGCCAGGGAGACCAUCGUGGUUACUACCCCGCGUGUGUGCAUGCAGGAUGAUAGUACCACGUCUUCCUGCACUCCCACUCGUUCUAUAGACGGUGUCUCCAAAAUCAAGGAGCUUCUGUCUGGUCCUUCACGGCCCCUUUCCUCUGUGCAGACUCUUGGCCCGAGCGGUACCAACGGCUUUACAGAAUUCAGCAAGCCCCGUGUGCUUCCAACCGUGAACCCACACAUACAGUUGCGUUCAUUCUUUAUCGGGCAUGAGGUACUUGACAUUCACACUCCUAGGAUAAAGGAAAGCAACGAUAAACUUACUACCGCUAAAGGAAGAGACUCUACUUGGACCGCAAGCACCUGUACCAGUGGCAUUGAUGAGUUAUCAGGUUCUCAUGCAGAGCCGAGCACACAGAUGAAAGCCCAGCGUGCGCUGGACAUCUGGUAUGAGAAGACACUUCAGUCUAGGAUCACCUUCCAGAUGUUGCUGAACCUAGCAAACGUCCUUAAAAUAAGCCAGUUUAACACAAUAUCAGAGUACGACGAGAUCGUCUAUUUUAUGUCUGUUAUCCUCAGCGACUUUGAAAGUCACAUCACUAGUACUCGAAAGCUUGCUGAUUUCCUUGUUCUUGUCUUUGAAAUAAUUCGGAUGCUGAUAGGAAUAAGCGAUCAGUUGGUCCGAAAGUAUAGCACUGUGGCCUACAUUCUCUACUCUUAUGCCAUUAAGGUCUCCACCGUGUACUGUGACAUUGAGCGAAAGGUAGCUCUUCGAUUUAAUAUGGAUGAGCAAUACAAGGCUUACACAGGACCCUUGCAGGAAAUUCUAAGGGAGCUUUCCAUCAUAUUACCCUCUCAGAAGCUUAAGGCGCGUUAUAGUAUAGACAUUGCUUAUGAAAACGGGGACAUGUUCUUCCUUGAGAUUCUAGAUGGUAACUUGACCCGAGCAUUAUGUUUUGAGCAUGACUAUUCCAUUUCGGAGCUGUCCCGUUUGGCAGCGCGUCGUAUAGCCAUCAUCGAGUUCACAUUGAGCCUAGCGUUGUUUAAUGCAAGGCUCUAUCUGGAUGCCGCCCUCUGGCUCGAGCGCGCAACCUUGCACUGCAAUCAGCUAGAGGAAGCGUGGAUCUUGCUUGCUCGAACAUACCUGAAUAUAGGAGAGCGGGAAAAGAGUAUUCAGGCUGCGUCCGUGUGCUAUCGUCUCAACCCAUCUAAUUCGCAGGCAAAACGAUAUUGCGAGAGCGCGCUUCCAGAAAUAGGGAUUCAUAUAGAGCUAGCGGUCUCCUCCUCUUGUGAACCAGGGGUCCACAUAAAGGAUGUUAGUUGA